CUCGUCCUGGUGACACUGGCACGGUGAAGACCUUGGGCAACACCUAUCAGUUCACGGUGGACGUCAGCGACUUCGCCCCCGAGGACAUCAUCGUCACCACCUCCAACAACCAGAUCGAGGUGCAUGCCGAGAAGCUGGCCUCAGAUGGCACCGUCAUGAACACCUUCACCCACAAAUGCCAGCUGCCCGACGACGUGGACCCCACGUCGGUGUCAUCCUCGCUGGGGGAUGAUGGCACGUUGACCAUCCGGGCUCAGAGACAGCCUGCCAAGCACACCGACCACGUCCAGCAAACCUUCCGGACUGAGAUCAAGAUCUGA